AUGUAUACUAAAUUGUACUAUUUACUCCUAUAUGUAUUAUUUCUAGAACCUAUUGACUUAAUUAGAUUAAGUCUAGAUGAAAAGGUUAAUGUUAAAUGUCGUGGUGAUAGAGAAUUAGAAGGUAUACUGUAUGCAUAUGACCCUCAUAUGAAUAUGGUAUUAGGUAAUGUUAAGGAGACUAGCCAGAAAAUAACUAUAGAUGAAGUAACUGGUGAAGAAAGUACUAUGAAAGUCACAAGGCGUAUAGAAAUGCUGUUUCUACGUGGAGAUUUGGUCAUAUUAGUAAAGCCAGCUAUAAAUAUAGGCAUUAUUAAGGCUUGA